AUAGGUGGUCCAUUUUCUGAUUUGUAUGUCGUGUGUAUGUUUUUGGUGCGACUGCGGUUAGUGCUGCUUUGUGUUUGCUUUACUACACAAUCCGGCUAAUCUGCUAACUAGCUUUUGAGCUAUAUUGAACUGAAGAGGUAGUUGGCAGGCUAGCUACCAUUUCUGUCUCCAUUUUCUUUUGUCUUGACUCUUCGGUGUUCCGGUUAACGUCCCGUAUCCCCCCUCCCCCCUCCCCUGAGAAUUUCUAUCUAAAAUGAGUUAUGAAGUGUGCAUGAAAAAAUGUAAAAGAGGAAAAAACAAAAACUACUCAUCGCGCCAAGUAGUUUGACGCGGCUCUUUUUGAAAAAAUUCUGCCCUUGUGAGGAAGUUGCGGACCGAACCGGGGCCUUUUUGCUUUUAUUUGACAGUUUUCCCCCAUACUCGCCGAAAUCUUAACGGCUGUCCUUUGUCGGCUUCACGUGACCGUGUUGUUUUAUAAACGCGACCCCGCUCUCGCUUACCGGGCUUCUUCUCCAGCUCGCGCGCCUGCAGGUCGUACAAUGAACGAGAAACUGCCUCUUCUUUAGCUACCUGGCAUUUUGAGCGAGGUGCUUGUAUCCCUAAUAACGCGUUUGAUGCCUCGGUUGGGAGCUUGUUUCUUGGUAUGGGUGUCACGGUCGUGAAGCCGGUUGACUUCAGCUCGCUCGGGCAACUUUAACGAUAGUGACUAGACAGUCUGAAUAAUACAGUAUUACUUGAUAUAACAAGGAGUAUAGGUUUUGCUUAAAAGCAACUGUUCUCAUAAUUAUUUCAUGUGUGUCUAAUCGGUGAGUGUUACCAACUUCAAAUGAAGUUAGUUUUUAAGUAGCUGUACUCGCCAGCUUUGCAUCUCUGUUCAGUGUUUGUCUGAAUUAAACGCCUUCAUAAAUAUUUGCAUUUUACUUGGAUAUAUUCAUAUUGCUACCGACUUAAUUGUAAGUUGAGAUUCUAAGAAAAUGUUGAAUUCUGGCACGCUGGUUGUUAUGCGGUUCCGGCCAUUGUCGGUGAAUGGCUGUUUUGUUUCAUUUUUCUCCUCUAGGACACGUUCGUUCCUUACGAUUACAGCAUUUUAACUGACAUUUCAUAUAUUUUAUAUAUUAACACUGAAGUUUUGCUUAAGUACAGUUAAGCUUCUAUUGCGAACUUGUAAAAAACAGUACUAUUCACUGUAACCAAAAUUUACUUUAUUUUUCGGAAUCGGUAUGAACAGCAUUUAUGAAUUUGUCUGAUUUACAAUGCCGUUUGUAUUUGAACGCUGUAUGACAAUGCGACUGGGAGUAUCACAUCUGAACGAGCUUUCCUGUUUUUGCUUUACUGCAUCUGUCUUGUCACGCUUUGAAGAUUUCAUUGUGUAUUUUGUCACCCGAAACGAAAUUUGUGAAAUAGUGUUUAGAAGAUUUUAAGCUGGUUAAAAAAAAUUAGGUUCAAAUGAACACAUGGCAUUUUGUUUCAACAGUAUAAGACUGCGACCUUUUGCAUGAAUAGCUUUCUUUCAUUGGAUCCGAUUACUGUACAACAGUACAUACUGUUGAGGUACACAUGCAUCUCUUGGUUGCAGUUAUGCUGUAUGCCUUUAUCUAUUACAAUGUUGCAAACCUUAAUUAUUUUUUUUUAGAUUUCAAGUAAGGAUAAACAUGGGGUGAUGUAUGUUGCUAUACUGUAAUGUUUUAGAAACACUGCAAUGCAGUAAAUAACAAACAGUUAUGGUGCACUGGGAUGUUUUAGAACUAUAUUACAAUUGUGGUUACAUUAAGACUGUGAUGCUAAAAGUAAGGUGGUGAGGGUGUAAAAGGACAGUUGAGGAUUCAGCUGCUGAAAAUGUGCAUGUUAGUAUAAAUAUGUUUUUCAUGUGCAAAAUGACUAACUUGCUUUUGGAAUAUUUGUGGUUUUGUGAUGCGAAAUAUCUGCAGUUCCCUUGCAAAGUAGAAGCUUAUAUUCUGUUUAAUUGUGUAAUCAAAUAACUACCUAAACUGUUUGUGAGCAAGGGACUUGUAUUGAUUUUUUUUGCUGUCAACCUGCAAGUAUUCAAGAGAUGUGCAACCAAAAACUGAAUAACUUAAUGUAAUGUUAAUAGCUUGUGGCAGCUACCCUGCCUUUUAAGUAGCACUCUUACUGACUGGUCAAACUCUAUCUGCAGUGAAAAUGGACAGCCAUCUUCUGGGUGUCAUAAAUAGAAUAUGAGCAGACUGAAGCUUGGCUCGAUUAGUGCAAACUGAAAUUGAAUUAAACAUAAUGGCAUCUGAGAUUUCAUAUAUUGGUGAAGAUUUAUGGUGUGGCAAGUGUAUAGAAAUAAUCUUUAAAGUGACUAUAUUCAAAUGUGUUUUUAAAGAAACUUUUUAAAUUAGACAUUUCUAAUCUCCCCUAUUCAGAAAUUUAGUCCGGAGGUUGCAUAUACCUGAAUCAACACCGGCAUCUUCUUUGUAUUUAACUGUAAGGUAUUACCUCAUGAGAGAGUCCCUUAAAUAAUUAUGCUUGCAUUUUUCUGAAACCUAAAAUGUUCUGUCUAUAAAAGUUGAAUGUGAUUCACAUUUGUCAUAAAUCACCUAUAAGAAUUCAAAAAGGUUAUGAAAGUGAAUUUUUGUGAACAAAAGAAAUCAGAAAUAGGUGGGAAGGUAGUGAAUUAUAGGUGAUUGUGGUAAAUUAGGGGUGUCAAGUUUUUUUUUGGGGGGGGGGGGGAUAAAAUGUGAACUCAGUUUACUGUUGAAAACUAUUGUAUCCAGUUUCCAAUAAAGUGAUCUUGGAUCAACAACAAAUAUUUUCGCAUGCACUGUAUAAGGUGAACUUGCUGCCACAUUGUAGUAAAUGCAUGCGCGUUUUUGGAAUACAAGACCCUUCGGCUUCAUAAAUUAUUGCAACAAAAUGACCACCGAAAUACAUAUAUUUGGUCAUUAAUUGAAAAUGAGUUACUAGCCAUAUAUGUUGAGAAUGAAAUCUAGCUGGCUCACUGUAAAUUAUUUGCUAUAUACUUAUCAAGUGCAUGGACAUUUGUCAACAUUUUUCGCAUGGUUCAUGUGAAGACUUGCAUCUGGUUGUCUAAAUGCCCCAUCUAGGGCUGCACCAUAUCACAUUGAGAUAUAUAACCUUGAAUAUUUGCUGCAUGCGCGUUAAUCACUAUGAACUGUUUGCACAAAGUGCCUCAAGUUUUCCCCUUAAGCAUGACACUUUAGGUUUAACUUCUCCUUAGCUGAGGGAUUUAUUUAAGGGUGUUCCACAGAAUCUCUUAAAAGGUUUCCUUAGUUCAGGAGAAAUCCUUAAGGGAUUUAUUGCACUGAAAGAUUGUACAGCAGUAAAAUUGUACAGUUUCCAUGGAGACCUUUUGUUUGCAUGCACUUAUACCUGUUUGUUAUACCUGUUAUCACCUCCAGUUUUAAUUUCUUUGAUGAAAAUAUGGCCUAAUGAAGGGUUUUUUUGCGUGACGAAAAGAACUAAAACACAAACGUGAAAAUGUGCACUGACAAUGAUGAAAUUAAACUUACUAUUCGUCUGAAUAAAAGCUGGAUUUUGUUAUCACUGCAUCCUUACCUGAUAAAAAUCUAGACUGUUUCCCCUGGUGUAUUGUGUUCACUAUGAGUAGGUACUUCUUGCUGGAAGAACAACUACUGAGUGGGGCAUAUGGUGAUUUAAGCUUUACUGACUGGCUGAUUACAAGCCCCGAUUCUAACUUGGAAGAUAGGCGGAAGUGCAGGGAAAGGAGGUAGUGAGCAGAUGGAAUUGUUUUUGUAAAUGCAUUAAUGAACACCUUUUUUGCAUGCAUCUUCAUAUUUGUUUCCGGAAAUCCGAUUGAUAACUGAUACUUCUGUCUCUGUCUUUUUGAAACUUGCCAGCACUUAUUAGUGGAAUUACGUUUCAUUCUGUGGAAAAUUAAAGGCCAAUCUGCUAGCCAGAUUUAAUAACGAAAUAUAAACAUUCUGGGUCGUAUAAAUAAAAUCAUAAAUCAGCUGCCGGUCAAAUCUGUACUGCUAUAUCAGCUGAUCAUCAUCAAUCGUAUCCAUUGUGUUCUCUGUUGUGGAACUCUUCUCGGGAUGCGUUUUUCUUUUGCCAUAAACUCAGCUGUGCUGUGGUUAAGAGCGGUAUUUUAAUAUGCUUUCCUUGUGCAGGUGUUAAGGGAACUUUUAAGGGGUUCUUAUAUUUAAAGAUCAAGUUAAAGGGAAAAAAAAACUUGCAUGGAUAUUUCAAGGACACCUUAAGGAAUAGACUUAAAGGGUUUGAAAGUAUAUUAGAAGGAAUCUAUGGAACGAGGCUUCUCAGAGAUCUUAGUAUAUUUGAUGGUGUUCAAGCAUGUUUGAAGCAAGACGGGGUAAAAACUGUAAUAAAUGUGUCUUCAUAGACUGUGAACCAGAUGUGGUUAAUGAUUGGUCCGUGGAUGCCAGCUGUUCUUUCUGCAGUCUACAGUUAGAAAAAAUUGGGGACCAUAUUCCAGCUGUCUGUUCACUACAGUCAACUCCAACAGAAGGAACUUCUCCUCAGGGCGAGUCGAACACUGAGAAAAUCGAAUAUCAAGCCGACAAGUUUCUUCAUGCAAUCUUUCGGAAGAAAGACCUCCCUCAGAGCUGUGACCCGAACAUUCCCUUAGUUGCUCAGGAAUUAAUGAAAAGGAUGAUCCGUCAAUUUGCCAUCGAAUAUGCUUCAAAAAGUCAAAUUCAAGGAGGAAAAAAUGGGUCGUCGCUGGAUACGAAUUUAAUUUGUGACAGUCAGCAUCCCUCAGAUCAAGACAAACCACUGGACCUUACUGUGAAUCGAAACCAUCUGAAUGUUGAACAAGCAGGUGGGGUGCUUGACCUCUCACAGAAGAAUCGUUCCGGCUCCACAUUGUCAACAUGUGCAGAUGCAUCCACUAAUCAGAACACUUCAGGCUCCGUGGCCCUGGCUGGUGGUGAGAAAGUCCACUUGGAUGCAGAAGCAGAAAAGUUACAAAUCAAGUGUACCGUGCUGCAGAUGGUCCUUUCAUCAUUCUGCCCAUGCCAUAGGAUGCUGCUUUAUCAUAUCUUAAAGUACAUGCAUGAAGAUUACGUCAUUUCUGUCACUCCCUACGCAGACGGCUGCAGACAUUUUUCACAGGCAGAUUCCUUGUCCUGUCGUUUGGGGAAGAACUCUGAUAAAGACAUUUUUGCUUUUACAGAUUACCGAACGUCAGAUGGAUGCUGUGUGCACUCUUGUAGGCUGAAUUCUUGCUCUAUGACUCCCGUGUGCAUCUGUCUGAAGAACUUGCAUUACUUCUCAUGUCAAAGGAUGGAUAUCGGUUGCAUUAACGAAGUCUGUGGUCCUAGUUCGUGUGGCAGCUAUUCUCAUCCUCAGCGAUGUACAUGCACUUAUCAGAGCCUCAGCAAGAGCACAUACAUCACUCCAGUCAGAAGUGUAGUGAGCUCUCCUUUUAUGCUUCAUAAAGUCUGUGAUUCAUUUAGCCCCUGUAUCAGGGCUUGUAGCCCCUCUCCUCCACCUCUGUCCCCCAUUCCUUUGGAUGUUGGUGCUAAGAAUAGCGAUAAAAGCAUUAUCUGCCCUUUUGCAGAAAGCAACUGUUUCAGUAACCAGUCGGCAUCUCUCUUUUCGCAUGAAGGGGAAGACGAUCCCCUCUUUCAUGAGUUUGAUAAAGACAAUGCUAGCACUGAAGAGACUGAAAAGCAUACUCCCUGUGAAGACUGCACUGACUGUUGUGCGCAAACAGAAAGAAACUUUGAACAAAAUCAAAGUGGGAAUGUGUUACAAAAUCUAAUGGAGUGUUUCAAGCAAUUGAAACCCAUUGAACCACUGGAAAAAGAACAAAAUUCAGGACCUUCUGCCAAGCAAAGCUUGGCAUGCAGCAAUGGCGUUCACUUGGAGGAAAUUUUAACUACGAUUUUACACAAGGAAACCGACGAUGAUUGCAACCUUAAGGAGCAUUUUCAUAGGAAGCAAGAAACCUUAAAUGCAGUAAGAUCUCCUGACCUGGCCCCUUCUUGGCAUCAGUGUGUGCAAAUCAGAAGAGACAUUGUUAGUCUAGGUUCAUUACCCUGCAGGAGAAAGCUGGAACUGGAAACGCAGGGAACAAUUAUUGCAAGAGAUUACUUUAAAACACAAUCUUGUGUAGACGUAUUGCUGACAAGCCCGGAGAAGGAUAAGCUUUCAGAAAGUGAAAAGAGUGAAACGACAGACACAUGGAACAAUCGGAUCUCUCCACACCACACUGAACUGUUCUGUAGCAGAUUAGAAAACAAGGGAAAAUCACCGGAACGCAAGGGAAAAGUUCUGAAAGACAGAAACUGUAGGAAUGGGAACACAGAUAUAAAAAAACUAAGUUUGUCUCUUCAGCCUGUCACUGAUGCAAGUAGAUCUAGGAGGAACAUUGUUCCGCCACAGAGAUUUUCUGCAUAUGUCACUGAGCCAAGAAAGAUGUACUUUGCUGCCUGUUUUUCUGAAAGCAUUUUUAAUAAAAGAGGCCAGAAAGAUCCAACAGCUGUUUGUGCUGAAAUAUCCCCAUCAGACUUAGAUUUAAAUGAAUCCACAACUAAGUUAGACCUGCAGAAUGAAUUAUCUCAGACUGUGAGGCAUGCAGGGAGAUCUGGAGAAAACAUAUGUAAUGAUCUGAAAUUAACAGACUUCAAUCUAUCAGAUAUACCCAGAACUAGAUCAGCAAAAAUGACUCCACCUCUGUUGGAAAACGCCACAUCUGAUGAUGGUGAAGUCAAAGGUUUUCAGAGACGGUCAAAACGAAGAACAGUUGCUUCCUUGGUUAAAUUGAGAUCUCUCACCAAUGAUCAGAACCACCUGAACAAUGAAAUUAUGGAGAACAAUUUGUCAGAAGGCAUUAACACCAUGAAAGAUGCUUUGAGUACCAAUGAAUGUUCUCUUACUCCAUAUUCAAGUCCAAUAAGACUCAUGUUUGUAUCUCCAGUUAUUAGUGAGGAGGGAAUAAAGUAUUCUCUCAAGUCAGCUAGUUCGGGCUCUGUAAGUCAACCAGAGACGUUUGAUCCUUGUGUGGAAUCAUCAUGGUGUGGACUGGCAAAGACUGAAGAAAAAUCAGUAGAGGUUGAGCCCAGAGUUGCUAGAGGAGAAGAAAAUAGUCCGCAUAAAAGGCCGGUCACUACUGAUGCAUCUAGUUCAAGUGAAGAGCUUAACAUUCAAAGAGAGGCAUGUCUCCUCGUUCAUGGACUAUCAAUGUCUCCCCCAAAAAGGAAGCCUGGUCGCCCCAAAAAACUUGGCCCACAAAUUGAAAAGCCAGCAAAGAGACCAAUUGGUAGACCACCUAAACAUAAGGGUGAAAUUUCAAAAUGUGUUUCAAGUAAGGGCAGCCCUAAUACUAUUAAAAACACUGCAUGUCAUUCACGAGAUGAGGAUGGUGGGAGAAGAAAUAAAAACCUCAAAAUCACUGUAGUUUAUGGAAGAUCAAGGAGAAUAAGGAGGCUUGUAUCUGAAAGUAGUGGACAUUUUGGUACAGACCAACAAAUGAAAGGAUUGCAAAGUGCAUAUGGCUGUAAAACAGAAAAUGAUCUGAAUGAGAAUUCUGCAAGGUCAAGUGCAAAUCUUGAGUCAUCUGACAAACUGCUGGGUGGACCAACUGAACAUUUUGAUUUGGUCAUACCUGUAAAAAACAAACGAUCACAUUCAAGCAGAAACAUCAAAUGUACAGAGCAGAAGUGUUCAGUCGCAAUGCGAAAACCAGGGAGGCCACCAAAGGUUAAGAUAUCGGGCAUCUCUGUGACUGUAACAACAGUUUCUCCAAAAAAACGAAAUAUUAGUAUAGACAAGGAUAUGACAGAAUUGAAUAAUGAGAUGCCACAAAAGGAAAAACCAUUUGUCUCAAACCGUCCCAAAGAGCAAACGACAAUCAGUUUGCAGUCUGAUGCUGUUGUUGGAAAAAGAACUGAGAAUGUACAAGGUGGAACUAUGAGCCAGAAGAUUCUGGUACCACUGAGACAUUCUGUGAGAAUAAGGAAACCAUCAAUUCAUUUGUUGCACUCUGUGGCUACCUCCAGGACAUUCACGCACAGUAAUGCACUGUUACGGAGGUCUCGAAAAUUGCUUAUGAACAAAACCAGUGGUGAGUCAAACCAGUUCAAAAGUUUUGAAAAACCUUUUGUAGAAACGUCAGGUACUACAAAUUCAGAAUUGUUUUCAAGAAAUCCUUGUGGGCAGGACCUAAGCUUUUUGUCUGGAAUUUCAGUAGAUUCAAUUUUUACAUCAAAUGAACCUUUCAAAUGGUGGCAUACUUCUAUCUCAGCUGAGACAUUGAAUGACGAGUUUGCCAGCAGAGUUCAACGAAUGUCAGACACAUGGGUCAGAGAGUCUGCAGAAUCAAGCGACUCUUUAUCCACAGAGAAGGAACUUAACCUCAAAACGAGAAUGCGUCAAACCGAAAAUGAGACUCCAAAGAAUUGUUUUUCUCCUGUAAAAAUGCUCUUUCAGACACACUGGAAAAUGGAUAAACUUUGUGCUUGGUUUAUGCAAACCACAGAGACUCAGUCUCUUGCAAUUGUAAAGAAGGCCAGUGUCCGUAAUCCCUAUGAAAUUGUCCAGUACAAUCCAAUCAGAGCCACGAGCAGAACCAAUGUUUGCCCUAGUCCUCAAGCAGAACGCCUGAGAAAGCACGUAAAAAAGUUUGCCAAAAUAGUUCCUAAGAGUCCAGCAAUGCAGCUAAAAGCACAAAAGAGGAUGUUUAACGCUAGUCAGCUAAAAGUCAAGAGAAGACUUGUUCUUCUAAGAACAAGUACAAUUGCUAGGGGCUUUGGCCAACGACGUCUUCUGUCUAGACACAAAAUGCUAGGAAAAUACGGAUUUCUUCUCUUAAGAGUGAAAUCAAAGUUCAUGACUAGAAAGAAAUCGUGUCACGAUCGAAUCCGGCCAAUGCUUAAAAGGGCAUCUGAUGCUCUUUGCCGUGAUUUACCAUCGAAGGCGUUUCGGCAGGCAUUUGCCAAUGCAUCUGCCUUUGAGACAGAAAAUAGUUCUUUGAACAUGGAAGGAAAAGAACUCGGGGUCCAACAACCUGAAGAGACCUUGAUUGAUGUUUCCCAGGAAGAGAGAAUCUGCUCAAGAACCUGGAGCCCAGAACGACUGAAGGAAUGCAGAGUAUUCCUCAAGAAAAUCAACUCUCCGGAAACAAAAUCUGCAGCUGAAGAAUGUAAUUUUUGCACAAUUAAACUAGAUGAUGUAUCAUCGUCCGGGUACUGUUUGCCUCCAAGAACAGAAUGUGCAGAGAGACAUGUCAGAAAGGAGAUAGCACAUGUAGCUAGAACUGAAAGCAGGCGUUCCGCUAGAAUUCUGUCUUCGUAUUGUGCUGAAGACGACCGGAUUCAGUUCAGAAAUCGAAAGAAACAAAAAAGAAAAAACUAUGGCACAAGUGGAUCACAACCUCUGAAAAUGGCAAGACAAUCUUUGACCAGCAGCUAGAAGGGAAGAAGGGAAACCUCCAAAUAAUCAGAAAACCAUCUUGGUGAGAUGCAUUCAACAAGAUAAAACUUGUUUCAGUACAAGGUGCCUUCAAAUUGUCUGCUGGUUGAGAAAUCUGACAAUAAUAUCUCAGUAAGCAUUAUGUAGCAUAAAUUUAAAUUAAGGAUACAUUAAGGUUGCACUAUUUUGUAUUGUGUUGUUUUUAUUUCAUGUAAUUAUGUUUCUAUGCUUUUAGAGUAGCUUGUCACUUUUUUUCUUUGGAUAGUACUUUUAAAGUAUUAUUAAAAAGGUAUUCCCAUCAUAAAAGAGAAUUAAAUUAGUAAUGUUUUAAGGAAUGGCCAUAAUUCAUGAAGGACUUUAAUAGGCGUUACAGGAAUGGCCAUAAGGCAUACCUCAGGUUGAUCUUUAGAAAUAUUUGAGGUCUCAAACAUAUCAUUACCCGAAAAUUCAAUGUACAGAUCUGACUAUUGCUUUUGGACAUUGCAGGUUUUAAUGUAGUCUGUCUAGGUAAUAUGCUAUGUACGCCAAUCGAGGAUUCAUUUUAGGGCAACCCUUUUUAAAAUGUGCAUUAACUUCUGCCAAAAGAAAUAUGCAUGAUAUGUUCUGUUGUUGCAAAUUAUUUGAGGUAUGCAGUUUUCCCCCAAAAAAAAAUUGGCAGUACCAUUGAACGGUUCAUCUAAGUAAAUGAUUGUCAUAUGCAUCUAUAUGGGGAGGAGGGUAUUUUUGGGGGGGGGGGGGGGGGGGGGUGUUGUUUUUUCGUGUUUUGUUUUUGAAGAAUUUGCUUGAAUACUGUCAAAGCUCCCCAGCCUCCGAGCAUUAAUGUACUAAUGUAAGUGACACAAACAAAACCUUUGUUGCACUAUAUCAAAUCCUUCAGUAGAAACCAUAGCUUUCACUACCACCUUUCUAAUGUCUCAAGAUAUUCUAUAGGUGCAAUAUGUUUACCUUUUUAAGCCAGAUGGUGUAUCAUUUUUAUUAAAAGCUUUUAAUAUUUUUUUGAUGCCAAUAACUUUUCUAAAUGUUAGUUAUUCAUUUUGUGUUAUAACUUUAUGGUUUAGAGUAAUUUCAUUUGUUGUCUGCGUCUCAAUAAUAAGCCUACCUCUAUUACACAGGCAUCCUGAAAACCUCAGACAAAAAUAGCUACACUUUCGCAGAAGCCACAUUUGUGCAUAGUAUGCCUAUGGGUUCACUACUUUUAAGUGAUCAUCCAUACUGUAUGCAGCUAUGAAAAUUUCCAAGCCAAUCAGCAAAAAAGUGUGAAACGAUUUAAAUCAAUGGUCAUUGUCUUUACACUACACAAGUUUUAUGUUUCAUUGUAAAUGUAUUUUUUUUUUUUAAGAAAACUGAACCAGAUGUGAAAGAGCACUGGGAAUUAAGGGAAAAUAAUUUAAUAUAUCUUUAAAUCAGUUACUUUUAUUGCUUUAUUGGUAUAAUAUAAGCAGCUAUAACUCAUUCAAACUCGCUUUAUAUUUAGACUUCACAAUUUUACAUAUCUUUCUUAAUUUUUACAUUGUCAUUCAUAUGUGUUGUGCUUCUGGUCGAACAGCCCAUUUUCAUCUUGGAGGACAGUUGCCAGUGUUAUUUUCAAGGUAUUGCUAUGUCCCUGUACAUAAUCAGUUUAAUAGAUUGCCUCUGAAUUUAGUAACACCAAUUAAAUAUAAUCCAAUCAUCCAAUGACAAUUUUAAUGGACACCAAUUUAUCAGUGACUUGUUUUGUUUUUUCAUGGGCUGUUAUAAGUUCAAUGAAAAUAUUCAUCCAAACUGACUUGAAAACUUAAGCUCUAGUUCUUUAUUACUUUAAUGUAAAAACGUAGCCCAUGCAACAGUAACACUUCCAAGAAUUAGUUUAAAAUGAAAUUAUAUUGGAUUAACAUUAAAAAGAAUCAAAUGCCAAGAGAACUGUCCUCAGGGAUGCUGUUUUUGCUUUUACCUUUUUCUGAAUGUCAAACGUACAUCUGUUGCUGUUUGUGGUAGCCAACCGAAGCAUACACACAACUGCAGUUUUAAUAAAUCGGAUGUUAAUCUGUUGAAUUGUAGUGGGUACAGAAGUCAUUUCUCACUUUUUAAUAAACCUUCAUGAAACAUUCCGACUUGUGAAACCAUACAUUGUCAAACCUUAGUGAAUUAUGUUACUGCAUUUGAAUAACUGCACUGUGUAUGUUUAUAUGUUAACGUGAUAGUAGUUUAAGAUGUUUUCAUUCUUCAGAAACUUCAUUCUGCCACUUAUGGUGAAGUGAUAUCAGCUUCGAGGUACAUGCUGGUUCUGUUCGAUCCAUUCAUAUUUCAACCAUUUGAAUCAUGAGAGGAGGAGCACAAGGCAGGAAACAGCCUGGAUGAGAUAAUAGUGUAUCACAACGGUUCUGUUCUAGGUCAAGUGAAUUUUUGUGUAGAUCUUAUCAGAUAUUGACAAUCAGACUUAAAAUUUUAGUUUAAUUUUGUUUUAUUACUUAUAUCGUAAUCUUGAACGUAACUUGUAAUUAGAUGGUAAAUGUAGUUUGUCAGAGUAAGGUCACAGCUAUUAGAAAAGUGAAUUUAUAGCUGCUGAUUUUGCUACAUGAACAUCAGGGUUUCAUGAUCACUUUAUGCCUUAAGUGGUCUAAAUGACAGCAAUCUGAUUUAAAUAAUCUGAACAUGUACUGGGCAAGGUCCCAUGACACUUCUGUUUUGAACUGAGUUCUUGUGCAAUAAAAUAAGGACUGAAUGGUUAACAAUAA